AUGCGUGAGGCUUAUGAAAUAACAGUUACAGCCUAUCACAAGUGUAGAGGCCUGAUCUAUAAUGAUUGUUUUGAAACAAACCAUCCAACCUUUAAUGCGUCUGUCGCUCUUCAAUGCCUUCAAUCUGUACCCUUAGAUGUGCAACGUUCAUCGGACUUUGUCGAUUACAUAGAGCCAUACUGGCAGUUCCAGAGCACUCUAGCCUAUCUCAAAGACCCUCCGCCAGAUUAUCCAUUACCUGGAGCUGACAUGCUCGGAGGGCUGGCGGAAAUCAAAGACAAUAUCAACUCGGGAUAUUAUGCAAACCAAUGGGACUUCGAAAAGGACCUUCAUGCCCUAGGAAAUAUUUUGCCUCAUGAUUUUCAUGUCAACCUACCUCUUCCUUUGAUGAGCGUCUUUUCGUUCUCUACUUUAGAUGGACCGCUGGUAUCGGUAUCAUCCGAUGGCUUAUCCCUUCCAGAUAUAUACUUUAAAUAUGAUCUUGACAAGCAGAGAAACGUGACACUAUCAAAAACUGGAAAUUGGACAGCUUCGCCGCUGGUCAAAGUCAACGAUCAAAAUGCCACUCUAUAUCUUGAAUUCCUCAGUCAGAAUACGGGUAUUUAUCAAGACAAUGACGCCAACUACAACCAACUGUUCUAUUCGUUGCCAAAUUUGGCCUUUUUUGGGAGUAGUGGAUCGUUCACCUCUGGAGGUUAUCUUUAUGGAUUUUCAGCAGACGUUAUAAGAUACACCUUCGCCAAUGGAACUGUUGUGAAUGCGAGAACCCAGGCAUUGACAAGCAUCAACUUUACAUCCAUAUCUUCGGGACAGGAUCUGUUCAAUGUUGUUGAUCUACCAAAAUCAGAAUCAGCUUCUUCGAGUUCCUCGGCCUCGGAUGGUCGGCAAAGCACCAAAACCAAGACUGCGGCGAGAUCGAUUACAUCACUUGCAGGCUAUCCCGAGCCAAUCGCAAUGCAUCCGGAUGGCUACACAAGCGGUUAUUUCUUUGAAGACACGAUGACUGCAAUAUUGGUGAUGCAGGGUUUCAUUGAUCCUUACCAAACGGACGGUAAGGCAGCACUCGAACAACAAAGGGUGAUUAGCGAGUUCUUAGCAGAAUGCAACAAGGCCAAAAUGGAGUACUUAAUCGUAGACGUACAAGCAAACGGAGGUGGAGAUUUGUUCAGCGGAUACGAUGCUUUCAAACAGAUUUUCCCAGCACUCGAGCCGUUUGGGGCAUCAAGAUACCGAGCUACACCGCUAGUAAACUACAUGGGGACCAUAUUUACUGGCGCCGGAACUUAUGAUGCUAGCCAUGAUUAUCUCUAUCAGACACAGUCACAGCUUGAUGGCAAUGGACAGCCAUUCCAAAGUUGGAACCAGGAAGACCCAAACACGCCGAUCUAUGGUGACAACUUCACCGCGGAACUUCGUUACAACCUCUCAGAUCUCGUCACGAUGUCUCAAUCAGGUGGUAUUAAUGUAACAGGCUACCUAAGUGACAGUAACCCUCCUCCAGCGGUCUUCAAUGCCUCAAAUGUUGUGAUGCUCAUGGAUGGCGGUUGUGGCUCUACGUGUGCCAUUUUUGCUGAGAUGAUGAAGGCUCAAGGUGGUGUUCGAAGUGUUGCCGUUGGUGGUCGCCCGCAACCAGGCCCUCAACAGGGCGUCUGCGGCUCGAAGGGCGCGCAGGUGCUUACCUACAACUCCAUUGCUUCUCACAUUGAAGCUCUGCCAGAUGCACAAGCUUCUUAUCUCCAGAAAAGCCUCCCGUUACCCGACUAUCCAGCCCCAGAAUAUAUCCCAAAUAUUAAUGCCAAUGUAUCUCUUGGGUCCACUUCGACCUUAAUGUCUGGUGGACGUUUCAACCUCCGAAACAAUAUGCAUGAUGGUGAUGAAACCUUUACACCUUUACAAUUUCAAUACGAAGCUGCAAAUUGCCGCUUGUUCUAUACACAAGACGAUAUCUACGAUAUCACGGGAUUAUGGAUGAGAGUUCAGUCAGUUGUAUGGAGAGGCCAACCAUGUGUAGCAGGUAGUACUAUUCUCGAUGAUGAUACAAUUCCCGCGAGAGCCUACGAUACGGUACCAUUCGGGGAUUCAGCUUUACCAAAUAUUGAGCUACCGGCACAACCAGGCCUUGUUCCUAUUGGCAAAGGAGUCAAAUCUUGGGCUAGUGAAAGUGGAAGUAGAGAGGAGACUGCACAAAAAGCAUUCGUCGGAGCUAUCUGGAAUGGAUUACAAUAA